GAGAGAGAGAGGGAGAGCUGGCGCUUGAAAGGCUGUGAGGGAGUCUUGCACAUGGUACUCACACUGGAUUGAUUGAAAACUAAGGCCUAGAAGUUCGUGAAUCACACAGAGCGUCCUGUGUACAGUGUCAGUAGGAACAGAAUUGAUGUUACUUCACUGGUGUAGGGCCUGUGGACCUGAUUCUCUUCAAAGCCGCGGAGCGACUCUUUUGUGUUUUGUGUUUAGAUCUAGUUCAUGGUUGCGAUGAUAAACAUGGAGUAUUCAAAACUGAACGAAGGAGAAUUGUACUGGCGUCUUCGUGACCUUGACCUGCGAUGAACUCCAGUGCAAGUAUUGAAUUCCGGACCUUGUCCUUAGGUCAAAUAGUGACCAUAUCAUCUUGUCGCGAGCUCAUGUGAAGACAGCAUCUUUCACAGUUUCACUUGUGUUUGUUCUUACAACUCUUUGGAUUACCCAUCAGACACUUGGAAAGGAAGUAGGAACACCGAGCAGCAGACGACUCGACAGCGCCGAAUCUUAGAAUGGCCGAAGGCGUCAACACCAACAACGUGAGCGGGAGCCCCGGGGGGCCUGGUCAGCACGUGACUGACCCACGCCUCCCACUCUCCGCCAUGCAGAUCUUUAAACUGAAGAAAAAUUGGAAAGGGGUGAAGAGACGUCUGGAGGACACAGGCGUCGAGAUGCUGAUACGGCUAUUCCGUUUGGAGCCAUCAACCCAAAUUCAGUUUAAAAACAUUAGACACUUAGAAACAGAAGACAAACUGCGCAUGAGCGAAGAGCUGGAAAAGCAUGCCGGGAAGAUGAUGGCCUCACUUGACGACAUCGUAAACAAUAUCGAUGACGUAGACUACGCCAUGGAUAAAAUCACCAAAGUCGCACAACAGCAUGAACAAUUCCAAGGUUUUGCCCCUGAGCAAUUCUCGUUAAUGGAACAGCCAUUCCUUGACUCUGUGAGGAUCAUCUUGGAGGAUCGCUACACUGACAAUAUGGACACAAUCUAUCGAAUCCUCAUUAAGUUCAUACUCAGUAACUUGGUCAAAGCUUGCAGGUGAUAGAAACCACCCCUCACAAACCCUCAAGGUGGUCACGUGUCGUAUGCGGUUUUAUUUCGUUUUUGCUGUUCACCCCCCUCCAGAAACAAUUUGUCUCUAUUUGAAUCCACAUCUGUAGGUGUGACCAGCCCUGAGAUUGGAGUGUGCCGCCCAUGUGUUUAUUGUCAACGUUUUUACGUCAUACCAAGAAGCAACGCCCCUGGCUAUCCGAAUUCUCUGGUGUGGAUCUGCUAGGACUUCUAAAUUACGUGUGCCCGAUCCUUCGCGUCUGCUACACUGAAGUGUUUCCGGGAUAAAGUAAAAAAAAAAGAUAGCAAAACACGAUUCAAAAUUUUCUGACUCAAAUUACAACCACAAAAAAACAAACAAAAAAAACGGUGAUGUCAUCAUUUAGACCCUACCAUAUGGAGCUGCAUUUUCUCAACUAUUUGCGCAAGUCUGAAUGGUAUGUUUGGCGGGAAAGGAUACAGCCAAUCAGAGCAAACAUUUUUUGUGACGGCAUUUGUUUUCUUAUUUAGUUUGGAGUUAGUAUACAUUGAUCUCAAUUCCGCCCUACAUCUUCAAGUACGGUAAUUCUUUAAGAGACAUUCUCGGGUUAUCUCUCUUGCAAGGGAAAUCCUAACUUCAGCUUUUGGUUCAAAGUGCAACCUUAUGUAGACAAAUCAAUCUUUAUAAUUAUUGUUAUUAUUUUGUUUGUUUGUUUGUUGUUACGAGAAUAUAUUUCACUUUUUUUUUU